AUGGCCAACUCAUCUGGUGAAACACCCAAGCCAGACCUCCCACGUCCCGAAUACCCAGUUUCGAUCGGUCGGAAGUUUGACCCUGAUGGAAAAGUACUGCCUUUUCCCGGAAACACGAUCAUCUGUCAUCUCUCUCCAGACCACGCCUUGUACCGUGCGAUGCUAGAUCUGCAUAAUGCACUGAAGCAGCACAAGUUUGCACAUCUCUAUACCUUGCUCCCGCCCGAAAGCUGGCAUAUGACUGUCUUUGAAGGCGUUACCGAUCAGAUUCGCAAGCCUCAUGUCUGGCCAGCAGACUUGCCUCUCGAUGCUCCCUUGGGCAGAUGCACAGAUCUCUUCAAAGAGAAGCUCCAAAACUUCGUUUUCGACAGUGAACCAUCGUUCCAACUGACUAUUGUUGGUUAUGAUCCACUGGUAGAUGGCAUUGCCCUGAAAGCCGUCCCCGCUACUGCUGCCGACGAGGCCAGGCUUCGCGGCCUUCGCAAUCGUCUUUCUGAGCUCCUGCAGUUACACCAUCCUGCUCAUGACAGGUAUUCCUUUCACAUGAGUCUCGCAUACAUCCUACGCCGUCUAGAUAACCAGCAGCAUCAGGAGCUCUGGGAGUUUCUAGAAGAGUACCGUUCCAGACUGCCGGCUCAUUUUCAAUUGGGGGCUCCGGAAUUCUGCACCUUCGACGACAUGUUUGCUUUCAAGCGGCAACUCUUUUUGGGGGGAAAGUCCUGA